GUCCGUUCACGCGCUGCGCUUGGUGAUAACCAGCUCCAUCUCUCCCGGUCUUUCUUCUCUUCGCUGACCGACACCGAGCCAACAUGCCGGGGCUUCUGCUCGGAGAUGUGUUCCCAAACUUCGAGGCCGACACCACCAUCGGCAGGAUCAAAUUCCACGACUUCCUGGGAGACUCAUGGGGCAUCCUGUUCUCUCACCCGAGGGACUUCACCCCCGUGUGCACCACAGAACUCGCCUGUGCCGCCCGAUUCACCGAUGAGUUCAAGAAGCGAGGCGUGAAGAUGAUCGCCUUGUCCAUCGACAGCGUGGAGGACCAUCACGGCUGGAGCAAGGAUGUGAUGGCGUUCAACAGCUCUGCUGAAACGUCUCUGCCCUUCCCCAUCAUCGCCGACCACAACAGAGAGCUGUCUGUCCAGCUCGGCAUGCUCGACCCUGACGAGAGGGACAAGGACGGCAUGCCGCUCACCGCCCGCUGUGUGUUUGUGGUCGGCCCCGAUAAGAAGCUGAAGCUGUCCAUCCUCUACCCGGCCACCACGGGGAGGAACUUCCCCGAGAUUCUCCGAGUCAUCGACUCUCUGCAGCUCACCGCCGUGAAGAAGGUCGCCACGCCGGUCGACUGGAAGCCUGGCGAUAAAGUGAUGGUGAUCCCCACUCUGUCCGACGCUGAAGCUGCCGCUCUUUUCCCCAAUGGGAUCGACACCAAAGAGCUGCCUUCUGGGAAGAAGUACCUGCGCUACACCCAGCCCUGAUCUGAUCCAGGAAGUAGACAGAGCCCUAAACUCACCCUAAGCCUAACAAUGAGACCAGAUGUUCUCUAGUUUAACAUGAAUGAGCUGUAUAAAUGCUGAAGCUGACACACAGAACUCACCAAAAAAAUAAAGCACUUCUCUGUUAGCAGACUAGUUUUAGUCCACAUGUCCAGUGCCUUCUUCCACAUCAAAUAAAAUCACUUUUCACAGA